AUGGCGGCUCUCAAGAGCAGCUUCGGCUGUAAUGGCGACCACGAGCUGCGAGGAGGAGCCGGGAGCGGAAGGAGUAACGCCACGCGGCGGCGGCCCCGAGCGAAGGGCCCACCCGCCCGACAGGGAAGACACACAAAAGAGGCCCGGCGCCGCCUCGCUUCGUUCAAGCGGGAAAAGCCUACAGGGAGCGCCGGGGCUGCUGGGCUCCGCCAGGGGAAGGAAACGCCUCCCGCCGCCUCUCCACCCAUCGCGGCCGCCAUGAUUUCUGCAGCAGCCGCCGCCGCUGCAAAACCCGGGGAGCUUUGUUUCCUCGCGCCGCCUCCCUUUCCCCGGGCGGCUGCGGACGCCGUGGCGCUGAGCGGGCGGCGCCACGUAGCGCAACGGCCGAAACGGCCUCCCCCCCCCUUCGCCGCCAUUAGCGGGGCCGCCUGUCGCCCCUCCCCCACAGGCUCACCCGCCCCUCAGGCACAAGCGCCCCGAAAACCUCCUAGGCCCGACGCGGCGGAGACCCAGCAUAAGGAAAUAUUUUGAAACACACACCCCGCCACCGCCACGGGCGCAAACGGCAAAUCUCUGAGGGGGGAAAAAGCCCCCUCGGCUCCUUACCGCGCAGCGCACUAACUCCGCCGUAUCCGUCGCUAAGGAGUGCGAGAGAAAAGAGCCGAAAGCAGCCGUAGCGCGCGCACACACUCACACACGCCACGGCCGCCCGCUUAUUGGCUCGCCGGCCCCGCCGCCGCACCCCUAUUGGCUGACGGCGCCGCCCUUCUCGAAGCGAGGCACGCUGUGCCGUCGGGGCCCGCCCUCCGUGGCGGCUGCCGCGGCGCCAACCUCGCAAACGGGGCUCUGGGCCGGCCGGGCGCCUGAGGCGUCAUCCCAGUCCUCUUAUCCCCCGGCCGUUUCCAUUUUCCCUGCUCACAUACUUGCUUGGUACUUACAUUUAAGAUAUAUAUUACAAAACAAAAACCAGUCCGAUCAGUCCGAAUCUCGUUACGGUAAUGACAAGGGGGCGAAGGGCUUCAAGGAGAACGGAACUGAUCCGAGGUCGCGCGCGCGCGCGUGAGGGGAAAGGGAGCGAGAGAGAGACGGAGCGAAACAAAAUGGCGCCGGCGCAAACUCCGUCUCGUCCUCCCGCCGGGUAGCCGUCGGGGCGGACUUCUCGCGAGCCUGGGAAGUUCGCUUUGGCGCUUAAAACAAAAGCGGGGGAGGGCGGAGGGCUCCCGAGGACCCGCGUGUGGCGGCAGGACGCGAGUCGAGCGCUUCUCACGUAAGUCGCGGGAGGGCGGGGGAAAGGGGCAGCUUUGGGUUUCUCGUCUCCCGUUUCUCUCGGGUCCCGCGGAGUCCGGGGAGCGGGAGGAGAGAGGGCGCCGGAAUGAGAGGAUGACCCACCCCAUGGGCUAAGCUUUCUUAAGAAUAAUAAUAAUAAUAAUAAAUAAAUAGCUGAGCUUAGAAAACAAAAAGAGUUGCGCUGUCAUCAAAUGUUCGCUUGUUGGAAGUAGUGCAGUCUUCACCCGUUUAUGGAAAUGUUGGCUGUGGGGAAUCCGUAUCGCAGUCUGCAAAGGCCACGGAGGUCUGAGAACCUCCCCUGUAAUAAUAUUUAGCCCAUUCUCGCAAAUUUGUUAACAAAAAGGAACUAAGGGGGGGGGGGACAACCACCACCUUUCCUUAGCUUGCCUUUCAGAUGAUUUGUGGAACAACAGCCUGCAAAAAACAACUCCAUCAGCCUUUAAUUCUCUGAGGGGAACUUUCACCUCAUGUGCUUAAUUUCUGCAAUCCAGACUGCUGUGGAAGGCAAAAAAAGAGUUUUAAAAAAAGUUAGAAAACCUCUACUUUCUAAUACAAUGCUAGGAAGGGUUUUCAAAUCAACAAAACGUGUCCAUCGUUUCAACAAUUUUUAUGUCCCCACCCCAAUUUUCCAUUGCUUUGGUUCCUUUAGAAUUUUUGUUGUGCGCAUUUUCAGUUCAUGGUUCAGUUAUUUGCAUAAGAUUUGCACAUGUGCACACGGUGACCUAGUCAUUCACACAUCAUUCAUCUUGCUGUGAUUUUAGUUAAGUGACUGCCUCUACCUCAAAGUAAAUGCUUUGUGGAUUGAUUUCUCUAAUGCUUCACACAGUCUUGCUGAUAGGCCCGAACCCCUUAAUUCAGUUGGGGUUACAUCAGAAUAUAUUUAGGAUAGAACUAUACAUAUUCAGAUGGUUUCAUAAGCCCUGCUCUUCUUUCUGUCUUUUGCUUCUCCGUUUUCUAUCCCUUGCUUCUUCAUUCCUUCUCUGUUCUGCAGUGCUGGAUUACGACAGUGGCCAACCAACUAUCUCUGUUGUCUAGAAUUAGCAUUGGGUGUUGGAGAAGUAUAGUUCUGCACUAAAGGAGUAAAUUCUGAGGAAAGUAUGCAUAGGGCUGGGCUGAUAGACACUUCCUAAAAUCCUGGCAAUAAAUUGUGAGAAAGAGAUGGUCUUUGGGUACCAUAACUCUGUUUUUUUCUAGUCCAGUAAAUGUAGUAAUCAUAUGAUAGUUGGGGGGGGGGACUUUUAGCUGCUCAGUUGCUGACCUACGGACAACUUACUUUCACUAAAUGAACAGGUAGAGCUGGCAAAUUACUUGGCUAGCAUACCAGAUAGGUUGCGAUUGGUUAAAUUUUGCUGCAUGAGUUUCCACAGGCAAUAGGUUGUUUAAUCAGACAUUUAGUAAAAACUUAGUUAAGUCAGCAAACCUAUUUUGUUUCAUUCCAGGGCAUUAGCAGUUUUCCUUUCACCUCAAAAGAAAAUGACUGCAUCAGGUCUGGCAGCAAGAGUGGAAACUUGGCUUUCAUCUACAUGGCAUGUGAAGGUUCCUGCACCAUGGCUAGAAGCAUGUAUUGAUUGGAUUCAACAAGAAAAUGGCAGUGGCAGUUUGGCUCAGGCUUCUAUUAACAAGCAAGUUUUUGAGCAGUGGCUUCUUACAGAUCUCAGAGAUCUCGAAUACCCAGUUCUGCCUGACUGCAUUUCAAACAAUCCAAAGGGAGAAUUGAACAGCUUUUAUUCCAUACAGAUUGAUUCACUUGUUGAUGUGAGUCAGCCUGCUUAUUCCCAACUGCAAAAGAUAAGAAAGAAAAAUACUGUAAAUGAGGAAAUAACUGCUAAUACACAGGGAACAUUGAGGCCCUGGGAAGCAAAGCCUACUCGAAUGCUGAUGCUGCAACUGACAGAUGGCAUACAUGACAUCCAGGGCAUGGAAUACCAGCCUAUUCCUGUUCUCCAUAGCAAUCUUCCUCCAGGGACAAAGGUUAUGAUACAGGGGAAAGUUGCAUAUCGCUUAGGUGUUCUUUUGCUUAAACCAGAAAAUGUAAGAUUGUUGGGGGGUGAAGUGGAUAGCCUUGUAGAGGAAAACUCUGAGGAAAGAGUUCUUGCUAGGCUUAUUAGAGAAGAAGACAGAAAUCCUAAUGCUGAGAAAUCAAAUGCUGCUGAAUGUGACAUUUCAAUACCUGUUGAUGACGUGGGCCCUUCUGAUGAAGAGCUUCUGGCAAGUCUUGGGGGAAAUGAAGAAUUAAUGAUAAAUGAGGCCCCCUUUGAAAGUAGAUGCUCCACCAGAAGUACCAGAUUAAAUUCCACCACAUCUCUGCUUCCCACGACUGAAAGCGGCUUGCAGCAAGAUCCUGCAGCAUUCAUUGCAGAAAAUGAAGAACAAAGUAUUCCAGUUCUGGGAAACAUGGAAGGAGAUUUCGAUGAGUUUCCAUUGGAGGAUGAUUUACUUUUAGAAGAAGAGAUCAUGCAAGAACAGAUACAGGUUCUGAAUAGAAGCCCUAGCAUAAAUAGUUACCUUAUCAAAGAAGGGGAAUCUGGUGAAACAAUAGUGUGUGAUAUACAUGAAGAAAGCACAGGAGAUUUUUUAAUAAAACAUAAUGCCCAGAGAACCAAAAACAUAGAAGGCCGUUUUGGAAAUAUGAUGGUACAAGAGAAAAACAAUGAAAGGCCCUCCAAUAAUUCUAACAGUAGACUAACAGAUAUUAAUGUAGAACUUCAACAAUAUCCUCAACCUGAACAGACUUGCAGAAUACAAAAUAAGUGCCACAAAGUUGAUUUAAAUGCCCUUCCCUUCACAUAUUUAUCAGUUUUAUUAAGUAACAAGCCCAAGGCUAUUACAACUCUGAAAAUUAGAGCAUUUAUAGUAACUCUUACCAGAAAUCUAACAAGCAGUGGUGGCUUUUCAAGUUUAUCAGCAAAAAUAUCUGAUGGUACAGCUUAUUUAGAAGUUGAUUUUGCUGAUGAGAUUCUAACAAGCUUGAUCGGGUUUUCAGCACCUGAAAUGAAACAACUAAAGAAAGAUCCUGUCCUAGGCCCCAGAAUUAAGGAAGGUUUACAGAAUUGCCAACGAGCACUAAUAGACCUCUGUUGUUUGAUGACCAUCAAAUUUAACCCUUCUCAGACAAAAGCAACAGUAAUAGUUUUGCAAGACAUUAAUGCAAAUGAUUUCAGUAAUUUAAAAGAACGCCUAAAUACAUGCUGCAUUUAA